CCACAAAACACCACAUCUAAGGAUCUAAGGUGGCGAUAAGAAAGAUAAGAACCACAAAAACUAAGGUCGAUCCAGCAGCAUAAUUCGACAAUAAUUUUCGUAUACUUAUGACAACAAUCAUAAUGUUAUUGUAAAAACACAUCUAAUUUUUCGGGUUUCGCGGCGAUAAGACCACAACUGGGGUCAAUCCAACAGCAUAAUGCUGAAUAAAUUUGCUCUCAUACGCAGUGAGUGCCAACAAAAUAUCUAUGUUGUGCUAUUGUUGUCUACCCUGGUGCUGACUGCAAUUACCCUAUACAAUGCCUUCUACAAGGCUCAUCGGCUGCAUGGAGAAGACAAUUUUAAUCGUAUAUCAUUGGAUCUGAACGAUAUUGGAGAGAUACGUCUGACAGAGUCCAUAGAUCGUACCCGGCCACGCCGUAGUAAUUGUACAAUUUGGACAUGUAUGGAUCCCUAUCGAUGUGGGCAUGAUCGCAUAACGGUGUAUGUGUAUCCCCUGCAGGAGUAUGUGGAUGCAAACAGCGGUGUUGAGGCAGCUCCUUUGACCCAGGAAUUCUAUCAGAUUUUGGAAACCAUUGUGAAAAGUCCAUAUUAUACCACCAAUCCGAAUGAGGCAUGUCUGUUUGUGCCCAGCAUUGAUCUGAUAAAUCAGAACAAUAUUAAUUUAGAUUUGGUAAAUCGUGCUUUGGCUUCGCUAAACUAUUGGGAUGAUGGACGGAACCAUUUCUUGUUCAACAUGUUGCCUGGAGUGUUUCCCACAUUUAAUACAGUGCUGGAUGUGAAUACAGAUCAUGCCAUGAUUGCCGGUGGUGGCUUUGAUUCGUGGUCAUAUCGCCAUGGUUUUGAUAUAUCAAUACCGGUAUGGAGUCCGUUGUUGCGUAAACAUCCGUUGGCGACUUCAUACAGUGGCGGUUCUGCGGACUAUUUACUGCUGGUGGCCCAAUUGAAUAUAUUACCCAAAAUGCUGUGGAUCUUACAGGGAUUGGCUGAGGAAAAUCCCAAAGACAUUUUACUUUUACAGCAGUGCAAUAAUAAGCCAUCACGAAAGACCAGAUGUCUGGCGGCAGACAAUGGACAUGAAAUUUCAUAUCCCAGUGUUUUGCUUAAGGGUACAUUUUGCCUUUUGGGUCCCAGCCUGAGACUUGGUAACCCAGAUCUCUUAGAAAUGCUGGCCUUCAAUUGCAUACCGGUAAUAGUUGUGGAUAGUUAUAUUCUACCCUUUGAGGAUGUCAUAGACUGGUCGUUGGCCUCGGUAAGAAUACGGGAGGCCGACAUACACUUGGUUUUGGACACCCUGAAAAGUAUAUCCUCAGAAAAAGCCGAAGAAAUGAAGCAACAGGGCCGCAGACUCUAUGAGAAUUACUUUAAUAGCAUCAGAACCCUAACCAUUACAACUUUGGAAUAUAUACAGUGUCGUUUGUUUCCACACACCGAACGAAAUAAGAAACAUUGGAAUUUCGUUGAUAGCUCAAAUGGCGUGGCAUUGAAUCCUUUGUUUUUGUCCCGGGUUGUCAGUAGGUCAGAUGGUUUUACUGCUGUUAUAUUGACAUAUGAUAGGGUGGAAAGUCUGUUCCUGUUGAUAGAGAAAUUGUCGGUGGUGCCUUCGUUGCAUGCCAUAUUGGUGGUGUGGAAUAAUCAGCAAAAAGCUCCUCCCCUAUUAUCAAGCUUCCCAGCCAUAUCGCGACCAAUUAAGGUAAUACAAACCAGUAACAAUCGCCUAUCAAAUCGUUUCUAUCCCUAUAAGGAUAUUGAGACUGAGGCCAUACUCACCAUUGAUGAUGACAUAAAUAUGCUGACCGAGGAUGAAGUGGAAUUUGGUUAUGAGGUAUGGCGUGAAUUUCCCGAUCGUAUUGUUGGCUUUCCCAGUCGCCUGCACGUGUGGGAAAAUUUGACCUCCCACUGGCGUUACGAGUCAGAGUGGACAAAUCAAAUCUCAAUGGUACUUACCGGCGCCGCUUUCCAUCACAAAUACUGGAGUCACAUGUACACGUAUCGAAUGCCCGAGGUCAUUAAAGACAUUGUUGAUGGCCGCAUGAAUUGUGAAGAUAUUGCAAUGAAUUUUCUAGUAGCCAAUGUCACCAAUAAACCACCCAUCAAGGUGACACCCCGUAAAAAAUUUAAAUGUCCCGAAUGUGCUAACAAUGAAAUGCUUUCGGCUGAUUUAAAUCAUAUGCGUGAACGAUCACGUUGCAUAGAUGAAUUCACCCAUAUUUAUGGUCGUAUGCCAUUGAGAACAGUGGAAUUUAGAGCAGAUCCGGUAUUGUUUAAGGAUAAUUUCCCUGAAAAGUUGAAACGUUUCAGUGACAUGGGAACCCUGUAAAGGGGGAUAAGUGCUAAAGAAAAGAAGACGCAGCCAAAGAAGCAAACAAAAUUUAAAUUACUAGACGAAAGAAAUUAAGCUUAAAUUAGUUGUAGUUGUUGUAGUUUGAAUCUACAUAUCGCCAUAAUAAUAAUAGUAAUUAAUAACAAUAUAUAACAAUAUAUUCGAAUAAAAUUCAUUCCAUUGGACUUAAAUACUCAUAUAAA